CCGCUGAGUGGUGACCAUGUCAUGCAGCCGUACAGCAGUGCCUCCAUCGCCUCCGCCUGGAGCAGGCGGAUCUUGAGUCGGAAUGGCGCUUUCGGUCUGUCCAAGAGCUGCCGGCCAUAUCGCCUGAGGUACGCCCACGCUCCUCUGCUCCUGUGGUUGAUCUCCGGGGUGAGGUCGCCAUGUUCGUUGACGAGGCCACCGAGGUACCGGAACUCGGUCUUCUGGGCGUAUUUUUGCCCCGCGGCUUCGACGGUCAGCGGUGGAGGCGUGGGGGCUGUGAUGUUGUAAUCGGCUUGUCCUUCGCGCGCAUCAGGAGGGUCUCCGUCUUCUUCUCCGACACCGUCAGCCCGAAGUCCCCGAACACCUCAACGAUGAUGGUCAUCACUCUCGCCAGCCCUUUUGUAGACCUCGAUACGACG